UAGCAAACUUAUUGGUAGAUGUCAAAAUAAGCUAACUAAACAGUAGGCUAAUACAACAACAAUCAGCACAAGCUAACAGUAACCAGCAUUCGCGUUGUUAUUAUUUUUUCAUAAUUUUUUUGAGCGAAACAACGAUGGAGAAGUGGCUGACGUUAGGCCUAAAGAGGAAAAAAACGGACACUGCAGAUGACGUAAACAAGAAAAGAAAAGAAGAUAACCAAGAUGAGCCAACACCACAGACAGGGCAGGAAAAACAACAUCGGCCAACGGCAAAGGUGAAAAGAAAAUAUAGCAGUGACUAUCUGAAAAUGGGAUUUUUCUGGGCUGGGGAUCAAGAGGAUCCCAGUCCCCACUGUGUCCUGUGCUAUGAUAUCUUGUCCAACGAGGCGAUGAAGCCUGCCAAACUGAAACGCCACUUCGAGUCAAAGCACAAGGACUGCAUCGACAAACCCUUAUCGUUUUUUGAGCGAAAGUGUGAAGAGCUUCAAUGUCACAUGAAAAAGGACAAGAAGCAAUUCUUUGUGCCCGGGGAAAAUGCCAAGGCCACAGAAGCCUCAUUUUUGGUCUCUGAGCUCAUAGCCAAAACGGGCCACCCUUACUCUAUUGGUCAAACACUAAUCAAACCAUCAGCGAAAUUAAUGAAUAGCGUAAUGCUGGGAGAGAAAGAAUGCGACGCCAUAGAAAAGGUUCCCCUCUCCGCUGACACUGUCCAGCGGCGCAUAGCAGUCAUGGCAGAAGAUGUGGAGAAACAGCUGAUUACACGAGUGCGCCAGAGUCCACUUUUUUCUCUACAAUUGGAUGAGUCCACGGACAUUGGCAACGAGGCGAAUCUGUUGUGUUACAUCAGAUACAUCUGUGAUGGGGCUGUACACGACGACUUCCUUUUUUGUGAAUCCCUGCAAACCAACACCACAGGAGAGGCGAUUUUUGAUUGUUUGAACGCCUUCAUUUGCAAGAAUGGCCUGGACUGGAAGAAGUGUGUCGGUAUUUGCACCGACGGUGCAACUGCGAUGACCGCAAAGCACAAAGGCCUGGCUGUGCGCGUACGCGCAGUAGCUCCAUUCGCAGCAGCAUCGCACUGCUGCAUUCACCGGGAACAACUGGCAGUGAAGAAAAUGCCUCAGUGUCUUAGAUCUGUCCUGGACGAGGCGGUCAAAAUCAUCAAUGGAAUAAAAGGCAAGGCACUGAAUACGCGCAUUUUUAAAGUUUUAUGCGAGGAGAUGGGGAGCGACCACACGAAACUCCUGUUCCAUACGGAGGUACGUUGGUUGUCCCGUGGAAAAGUUUUAACGCGUCUUUUUGAGCUGCGUGAGGAAGACAAGAUCAAAGCUGCGCGCACGAAACUGCAGUUGUGGUGCACACGCCUGGAUCGAUCGGAGUUCGACAACUUUCCAACUUUGGCGGACUUCAUACUUACAGCUGAUGAGAUUGUGGACACAGACACCAUCACCGCUUUCAAAGAGCACCUGCGUGGCCUUCACUCGCAAUUGGAACGCUACUUCCCGGAGUUAGAGACGGACUUUGAGUGGAUCAGAAAUCCGUUCGGAGACGAAGCCCACAUCGAACGUAUCGGUUCGGCAUUGUCUGCCAGAGAGCUUGACAGCUUGGUCGACAUUGCCGUGGAUAGCACCCUAAAGAUGGCAUUCAGGCAAAAAACCCUCCCGGAUUUUUGGGUUCAUGUGCAGCCAGAGCAUCCCAAACUCGCCGAGUGCGCUCUGAAAACGCUCAUGCCAUUUGCAUCCACCUACAAGUGCGAG